CCCAAAUUCAUCACAAACCCUAGUUUCUCUUGAAAAAAGAUGGGUAAUGAGCCUAUCAAGCCGGUGGAGCCCCAAUCGGAAUCCAGCGAAGAUGAUGAAGAAGGAUUUCCCGAUGAAGUUUCCGACUCCGAAUCCGAAGCCGAACAGACACAGUUCCGGAUCACGACGCAAAAGAAAUCAAAUCCUCAGAUCUCCGCCACAUCCUCGCCGCAGCGGCCGGCCCCUUCCGCCGCCGAGACGGAGCCCUGGGAGAAAAAAUCCGAUCUCCUCCAGAGACUCUGGAGCCAGGAGGAUGAGAUCGUCAUCUUGAAGGGGAUGAUCGAUUACACUUCUAAGCACGAAUCCGAUCCGAUUUCCUAUUUGAACGCCUUUCACGAUUUCACCAAGAAAAAUGCCAGCAGGAGUCAGCAGCUGCAGGACAAGAUUGAGAGAAUGAAGAAGGAAUACGAAAACAGCACGAGAACGAUCGCUUACGAUUUGUCGAAAAAAAGACAGGGGAAUGAAGAUAAGGGGCGCGCGAUAGUGAUGAGAGCAAAAUGUAGCUUGGCGACAAUGGAGGGGAGGAUGAUGAUGUAUGGUGAAGAGACGUUUGAGUCGGGGCAACGGGCCGAGUGGGAGAAGGAGUGGAACGAGCUGAGAACCGAGGAGCUUCGGCUUCACCUCAAACAGAUGGAGAUUAGAGUAGCUCAGACCAAGCUUGUUUUAGGAGCUUUGGAUCACUGAUUUUAGACUUUUAAUAUUCUUGUAAGUUAGGAUGAUUUUAAUGUAUUAAGACUUGUGGGAAUAAAGUAUGCUAUGUGCAUAAAUUGUUAGUC